CCUGACCAAGGAACCUCCUUGCCCUCUGACUUAUGACCUAGGUUCAUGUGGGGGUCAUGCAUAUGUAAAUCAGGACUAGUUAAUCAUUGACAGAGUUGACCUACAUGUGUACUACGUACAUUGUAGGUGUAGUAACUUUAAGUCCUGACUAUUGAGACAGAAAAUCAAAUGUCUGAUGAUUGACUCAGCACUGGGGUCUGCAGAACUGAAGUUUUCCAGUUAUGAGUUAUGAGAAGGCCACCUGGGAGUAUAAGGGGGUUUGUUUCCCUCUGGAUAUCACCAAGGAAACCCUGGAGGCCAUGCCAGGCUUCCAGAUUCGAGAUGACGACAUUGUUGUGGCAAGUUAUAUCAAGACAGGCUCCAACUGGCUUACAACGAUCGUCCUUAAGAUCUUAGGAUCCGCGGGGAAAUUAAAGGCCAGUGCGGACAGCAUGGACGUCGGUCCCAUCGAAAUCACGAUACCUUUCGCCAAACAGCCAGGGUACAUCACAGUAGCAGACAUGCCCUCCCCUCGUUUCAUGAAAACACACCUGCCCAUUCAGUUUGCACCAAAGGGGAUAUCCAAGCCGCAGAAUAAGGUGAAAGUGCUGGUGCCUAUGAGGAACCCAAAAGACACGGCUGUGUCGAUGUACCACUAUGUCCAUAUAAUAUGGCAGUUGAUCGGUUAUACUGUCAACAUUCCCUGGGAAGAGUUUGCUCAGAAUUUCAUAGAGGGAAAAGUGCCUUGGGGAGACUACUGUGACCACUUGUUGGGCUGGUGGCAGAUGCGUGAUGACCCCCACUUCCUCUUCAUCAAGUAUGAGGACAUGAAGAAGGACCUGCUAAAUUCUGUCAAGACCGUUGCGGCCUUUCUGGAGGUUGACCUGGAUGAAACGACAAUGAAAGACAUCGCAGAGGCCUGUACUUUUGACAACAUGAAGACAGAACUGGCCAACUCGGACAGACCUGACAAAAGGACAAUAGCUAGGAAAGGUAUUGUUGGAGACUGGAAGAACAUGUUUUCACCGGAGCAGUGUCAAGCCUUUGAUGCCUGGUAUGAGAAGAAACUUGGAGGGACAGGCAUCAGCUUUGACUUUGAAUAAACAAUAUUAUUCUAGGACUGGUGAUCUAAUUAUUAGAGUGUGUUUGUUUCAAAUUAAUUCAGAGUCAUAUUAUU